UUUCAGGUUUGAAGCACAUGAUGAAGCUGUGAAAAAGUUUGCAGAUUUGUCUCAGCCUCCUUGACUUUCUUCUGCUGGAAAGCCUCCGCUGAAAGCUAGCCGACUUUCAGACUAGCCUCGUCCUGACACCGUGACUGUAACCAUGGCCUCCUCGGAGCUUGCACUUUUGAGCGUGUCAGACAAAACUGGACUGCUGGACUUUGCCAAAAGGCUGGUGAACGUGGGACUGUCUUUGGUGGCUUCAGGAGGCACAGCCAAAGCCCUGCGUGAUGCUGGACUGGUUGUCAGGGAUGUGUCUGAGCUAACUGGACAUCCAGAGAUGCUGGGAGGCAGGGUGAAGACUUUGCAUCCUGCUGUCCAUGGAGGGAUCCUGGCUAGAAAAACCCCCUCUGACACAGCGGACAUGGAGAAGCUGGGCUACAGCCUGGUCAGAGUGGUGGUGUGCAACCUCUACCCCUUUGUAAAGACCGUCUCUAACCCGACUGUUACAGUGGAGGAUGCUGUGGAGCAGAUUGAUAUUGGCGGUGUAACUCUGCUGAGAGCAGCAGCCAAGAACCAUGCUCGGGUCACCAUUGUGUGCGAUCCUGCUGACUAUUCGCUGGUUGCCAAGGAGAUGGAGAAUUCGGAGGACAAAGACACAGCCCUGGAAACACGCCGUACUCUGGCCCUUAAAGCCUUCACACACACGGCGCAGUAUGACGAGGCCAUUUCCGACUACUUCCGUGGACAGUACAGCCGUGGCGUGUCCCAGCUGCCUUUGCGCUACGGCAUGAACCCCCACCAAGCACCUGCCCAAAUCUACACACUGCGGUCUGAGCUCCCCCUCAAAGUGGUCAACGGUUCUCCUGGUUUUAUCAACCUGUGUGACGCUCUGAAUGCUUGGCAGCUGGUAAGAGAGCUGAAAGGCGCCCUCGGCAUGGCUGCUGCCGCUUCCUUCAAACAUGUUAGCCCUGCUGGAGCUGCUGUAGGAGUUCCUCUGACUGAGGAGGAGGCUAAAGUGUGCAUGGUUCAUGACAUGCUGAAGGAUCUCACCCCGCUAGCUACAGCUUAUGCAAGAGCAAGAGGCUCAGACAGAAUGUCUUCUUUCGGAGAUUUCAUUGCUGUGUCUGACGUAUGUGACGUUCCCACUGCCAAGAUUAUAUCCAGAGAGGUGUCAGAUGGAAUUAUUGCUCCUGGUUAUGAGGAAGAGGCACUGAAAAUCCUCUCCAAAAAGAAAAAUGGCAACUACUGUGUGCUUCAGAUGGAUCCAGACUAUGAGCCUGUUGACACCGAGGUGAGAGUGCUGUUUGGCCUCUAUCUCAAACAAAAGAGAAAUGGAGGGCUUAUUAAUAAGGAAUUCUUCAGCAACAUUGUUUCCAAGGGCUCGCUAUCUGAGGAGGCUGUGCGUGACCUCACUGUGGCUACCAUUGCUGUAAAGUACACCCAGUCCAACUCUGUCUGCUAUGCUAAAGAUGGACAGGUUAUCGGGAUCGGUGCCGGUCAGCAGUCUCGUAUCCACUGCACACGGCUGGCAGGCGACAAGGCUGAUAACUGGUGGCUCAGGCACCACUCUCGUGUGCUGAACAUGAAGUUUCGCAGCGGUGUGAAGCGAGCAGAGAUGGCCAAUGCCAUCGACCAGUAUGUGAGCAACACUAUUGGAGAGGGCCCGGACUUGGCAGUUUGGAAGUCCAUGUAUGAAGAGGUACCAGAGCUUUUGUCAGAUACAGAGAAGAAGAACUGGAUCAGCUCUCUGCAGGCCGUCGCUGUCAGCUCCGAUGCCUUCUUUCCCUUCAGAGAUAACAUUGAUCGAGCCAAACGGAGUGGUGUUGAGUACAUCGCAGCUCCAGCAGGCUCUGCUGCUGAUGAAGUUGUGAUUAAUGCCUGUAAUGAACAGGGCAUCACUCUGGUGCACACCAACCUGCGACUCUUCCAUCACUGAGCAACACUACAAAUAGAAAAAAUGUUUCUAACAUUGCUGAUACCAUUCCUGCUGUCUUCUUAUGAGUGAGAGAUAAAGUAAAUGUUCAUGUUAAUUCUUCAUGUGCAUAAGUCAAAUAAACUGCUCAUGACUCUGA